GCGCGCGGUGCGAGCCCCCGAGAGCUUGGAGCAAAGGAGCUACAACGCUAGUUGUGCGGUUGUGGCGAGAGGUCAGCAUCACACAGCUCGGCCGAAACCGCAUCUCUACUCUCGAUUCUCGUGCGAGCGCGCACGCUUCUUGACAUCAAUUUCAUCGCUCGUGCAGACUGUGCAGCCGCUUGCGAGGCGCCAUAACUGCUCUACCGUCGACUGCGCAUCGCUCGUGCGGCACCCGCAGCUAUCAACUAGCAUAGAUGGACCUCAAGGCCAAGGUCCGCGACCGCCGCCGCGCCAAGGCUAAGGCUAAGGCCAAGGCCAAGCCGAAGCCUGAGAAGCGCCGCCAGGAGGACGCGGCGGGCAAGCCCAAAAAGGCGGCGAAGCGCCGCCGCGAGGACGCACUGAGCAAGCCAAAAAAGACCGGCGACGACGAAGCGGAGGCGCCGCGCGCGGGCCGCGUGGUAGCCAGGCCCGCGUGGGACGCGGGCGCCUGGGCGCCGGUGGCCGUGCCGGACGAGUUCUGGACGGGUGUUGAUGAUGCGGCCUGCCUGUCGCUCGAGGAGCUGCCGGGGAGCAGCUACACGGCGCUGCGGAGCGGCCAAAACGUGGAAGAGACCGUGGUCGAAGAAGACGAGGAACCGACGCCACGAGCAGCAAUGGACGUGACGCCCGACGUCGGCGCGGACCAAAUCGAGGCGAUCCGCGCGACGUGGUGCGAGGGCCCCCUUUCUCUGAGGGACGAGCUGCUGGCGUCGCUCUCGCGAAUGGCCUUCGCCACCCCAACGCCCUGCCAGGCGGCCUGCAUUCCGAAGAUCCUGCGGGGCAAAGAUGUGGUCUGCGCGGCCCAGACGGGCUCGGGAAAAACAUUAGCGUUCGCCUUGCCGGCGCUCCACGACGCCCUCGCCAAUAGUGAUGGAGUGCGGUCGUUGGUGCUGGCGCCGACGCGAGAGCUCGCCCGGCAGAUCGCGCAGCAUUGUGUGAAUGCUUUACCUCGCUCCGUCGACGCGAAGCGCCUCGUGUGUUGCAUUGUGGGUGGUUUAGCCGAGCAGAAGCAGGAGCGGCAACUCGCACUGGCACCUUCUAUAGUAGUAGCGACGCCCGGGCGCGCGCGCGAGCUCAUCGAGGACGGCAAGGCGUCGACAGUUGCGAAGGCGUUGGAAGAGAGGACGCUGCGGUUCCUGAUCCUCGACGAGGCCGACCGGCUGCUGGCGCCGGGGGCGUUUGCGGACUUCACUCUAUUAACAAAGAGGUACCUCGUGGACCACGCCGAGCGCCCGCGUAAAAGGUGGCAAACACUUGUGUUCUCCGCAACACUAGCUUGCGGCUCCACUCAGCCACGCGACAAGAAGCGGAAGCGCCAGACCGACGCGGAUCCUCGAGCACUCCUCAAGGCCGUCGAGCCGCUGCGGAGCCCGACGCGCAAACUGGAAGUUGUUGAUUUGACGUCAUCGAGUAAGAAGGAGGAAGAAGACGACGACGAGGAGGAGAACGUGGCGCUGCCGUCCACAUUAACGCUCGAGGCCGUGCGCGUCGUCGACGCCGCGAAGCUCGCGACGUGCUACGCGCUGCUGCGGGGCGGUUCAUCAAAGGGGAAAACGGUCGUUUUUACUAACGCCAUUUCGUCGGUGAAAACUGUGGCUUCCGCGCUCCAGAAAUUGCAGAUCCCGCGCGUGCACCCAUUGCAUGCCGCUUUGCAACAACGCCAGCGGUUGAAAGCUCUCGACGCCUUCGAGAAGAAUGACGACGCGGUGCUCGUCGCGACGGACGUCGCCGCGCGCGGGCUGGACGUCGCCGGCGUGUCCCUCGUCAUUCAUUACGAUGUGGCCCCAACAAUGAAGCUGUUCGUCCACCGCGCCGGCAGAACGGCGCGCGCGGGCCGGGAGGGGCGGAGCGUGUCGCUGGUGGGGCCGCGCGACGCGGCGCGCCACGAGAGCAUCGAGGCGGCACUCGGCGCGCCGUUCGUUGACAGGAAGAUCGACGCGCGCGUCGUCGCGGAGGCCGCGGACCGGGCGCGGCUCGCCAAGAAGCUCGCCGACGCCGAGCGCCACGCGGCGCGCGACCGUUCAAGUCGCGAUUGGGCGCGGCGCGCGGCCGACGCCGCGGACCUCGUGCUCGACGACGACGCGGCUGUUGAAGCGGGCGGGUCUUCGCAGCGGGACCUCGACGCGAUGAUAGAAGAGGCCGGCGCCUCGCGGCCGCAGGGGCGCAUGGCUGUUGUUAACGCGGACACGCUGCGCAUGCUCGCCGAGGAGCGAGCGCGCGGCGACAACUGUCCGCGGCCACGCGACAAAAAGAGGCGUAAAAAGCGUAAGUAGUUUA